UACUAAAUGGAGGGAACAGAUUAUCAAUUAAUUUUAUUUUUCUCAUAUCUUGGCACCAGGGGGGCUCCGUACCGAACUAAUACUGUAUGGACUGAAAAACCAAUUGCCAACACCGAAUGCCGCUUUGAAUCGACCAAUCGUAGCCAUGCAUGCUGGCUCAAACCUCUGUACGGCAAAAUUUAGGGUGUAAAUGUCCCAUCUUCAGUCGGCUGUUAGCAACCGGCUAGCGAGGUAGCUGUCAACUGACCCCGUAGCCAACUUCAAUUAUAUAAAACAAUUUAACUUUGUAAGGUUAUGGGCUGUUGUUGUCUUUAAAUAUUCUAUACACAUAAUUCCUUUGAAAACUACUGUCUUCCUCAGCACUGUAGUAAACGGCAUGUGUCUGUGACCUGUGGUUGAGAGGCAGCAAAGAUGGUGACCUCCGGAGGCAGUGCGCUCCUCAGGGCUGCUGUCACACUACUGCCAAGCCCAAGAUGGAGUCGAGGAUGCUUGUGGUGUCCAUGCAGGAACAUUUCUGUUAAACCAGGAGGCCUGAAACCAAAGACAGUUCCCGCUCGCUACCUUGGCCAGCCAAGCCCUUUCACUCAUCCGCACCUCAUCAAACACGGUGAGGUAACGCCUGGCCUGAGCCAAACAGAAUAUGAACUCCGCCGGCACAGACUGGCCUCACUCAUCGAGGCCCAGUCGGACAAGCUUGGACCGUCUGCCUCCUCCAGCACUCAUGUGCUCAUCAUUUUGUCCCACCUGACCCGCUACAUGACUAAUGACAUACCUUAUCCUUUCCACCAGAACCAGGAUUUCCUCUACCUGUGUGGCAUCUUGGAGCCUGACAGUGCUUUGGUUCUGUAUGGGAAAGGGCGGCCAGACCAGGCCAUCUUGUUUGUUCCCCGCAGAGACCCAGGCAGGGAGCUGUGGGAUGGACCGCGAUCAGGGAAGGAUGGAGCUGCUGCUUUGACUGGCAUAGAGAGGGUUCAUAGCACAGAAGAACUUGGAGUGGUGCUCAAAAGCCUUAAAGGUUCGAUGCUGUGGUAUGAUAAUUCUCAUCCAUCCCACCCUAGACUCCACCAAGCAUACGUCAGUCCCGUCUUGGAGGCGGGGCCAAUACCACGCCCCAUAAGUCCCCUAAUUCAUUCACUCAGGGUUCUGAAGAGUUCAUCGGAGGUGGCCCUCAUGCAAGAAGCAGGUCGUAUCACAGCGCAGGCUUUUAGGCGGACAAUGGCUCUAUCUCAUGGAGAUGUGGAUGAAUCUGUGCUCUUUGCUAAGUUUGAUUUUGAGAACCGGAUCCAUGGUGCUAAUUUCCUGGCCUAUCCGCCUGUGGUUGCUGGAGGGAAUCGUGCCAAUACUCUGCACUACAUCAACAACAACCAAAUCAUUAAGGAUGGCGAAAUGGUACUUCUUGAUGGCGGUUGUGAAUAUUUUGGUUAUGUCAGUGACGUGACCCGAACAUGGCCAGUAAAUGGGAAAUUUAGCGCUCCCCAGGCGGAACUUUAUGAAGCCGUCCUGGAGGUCCAGCUUGCCUGUUUAUCUCUUUGCUCCCCGGGUGUCAGUCUUGAUCACAUUUACAGUACCAUGCUGGCACUGUUGGCAAGACAGCUCAAGCGACUCGGCAUCGUCAAGGCCGGUACCAGCGAUGCUGAUGUACUAAAGGCUGCAAGGCAGUACUGCCCCCAUCACGUUGGACAUUAUUUGGGCAUGGAUGUCCAUGACACUCCAGAACUGUCCCGCUCACAACCUCUACAGUCUGGAAUGACCAUCACCAUAGAACCAGGGUUGUAUAUUGGCGAGGAAAAUGAGCAAGCCCCAAACUGUUUCCGCGGCUUGGGUCUCAGGAUCGAGGAUGAUGUGCUGAUUCGGGACAAGGGGGGGCCCUUGAUUCUAUCCUCUGACGCCCCAAAGACCAUUUCUGAUGUAGAGUUGGCCUGUGCGCAGAGGUAGGGCAGGGAGAGACAUAGCAGUUAUGGUAGGCACUCAUUGCUCUCUACUUCUUGGCUGUCUCCAUGUUGAUGGAAGAUGGUGACACUCUUUACUUCUGUACUCAUCACACACUGAUCAAGUAAAAGAUUAAAUAUGACAGUAGUAAAUUGGCAAACCAACACAACCUAAGAACUAAGAUUUUACUUGUAGAUUUGUCAGGACAUAUUCAGUAUACAGUUCCCUCUAAAAGUACUGGAACAGCAAGGUCAUUUCCUUUUGGUUUUGUUGCAUACUGAAGACAUUUGGGUUUCAGAUCAAAAGAUGAAUAUGAGACAGAAGUUCAGAAUUCCAGCUUUUAUUUCGUAGUAUUUACAUCUAGAUGUGUUAAACAACUCCGGACAGAGCACCUUUUGUUUAAAGCCACCCACUUUUCAAGUGAGCAAAAAUGUUUGGAACAUGUGACUGAUGGGUGUUUCUAGUUGCUCAGGUUUUGCCUUUUAGAUUGAUUGCUUAAACUUUGAGAGAAGUUUUGGAACAAAGUUUUAUGGACUGAUGAUACCAAGAUUAACCUCUAUCAAAGUAAUGGAAAGGCCAAAGGAUCUGCUUAUGAUCAAAAACAGACAAGCUCAUCUGUGAAGCAUGGUGGAGGUAAUGUCAUGGCUUGGGCUUGCAUGGCUGCUUCUGGAACGGGCUCUUUAUUGAUGAUGUAACUCAUCAUGGUAGCAGCAGAAUGAAUUCUGAAGUCUACAAAACCAUUUUGUCUGGCAAUUUACCUAAAAAUGCAUCCAAACUUAUCAGGAGAAGCUUCAUCAUGCAUCAAGACAAUGAACCAAAACACACUGCCAACACAACAAAGGACUUUAUCAGGGGGAAAAAAUAGAAGGUCUUAGACUGCCCAAGUCAAUCACCGGACCUUAACCCAAUCAAGCGUGCAUUUUACCUCCUGAAGAGGAGAGUGAAUGGAGAAACCCUCAGAAACAAACAAGAACUGAAAGAGGCUGCAGUGAAGGCCUUGAAAAGCAUUUCAAAUUAAGAAUGCAUCAGUCUGGUGAAGUCAGUAGGUCGCAGGCUUGAUCCAAUUAUUGCAAGUAAGGGUUAUGCCACCAAAUAUUAAAUGUUAUUCACUUUAAGUUAAUGUAACAAUGUCUGUUUCAAUACCUUUGCUCGCUUAAAAAGCAGGUGGGUUCAAACAUAAGGUGCUCUGUCCUGAGUUGUUUAACACAUCUAGAUGUAAAUACUUUAAAAUAAAAGCUGGAAUUAUGAACUUUCAUCUCAUAUUCAUUUUUUGAUCUGAAACCCAAAUGUCUUAAGUAUACAACAAAAACAAAGGAAUUUACCUUGAAGUUCUAAUACCCUUGGAGGGGACUGUUUAACAUACACAUGUAUUCUUAAAAAAUGAUGACCCAACUUCAGCUUUUUCAAUGUGGAAUCUACUGCAUUGUUAUGGAGCUGUCAGUGUGUGAAACCUGUCACUGAGCUUCAAAUCCAAACCUAAAAACAGUAAUUAGUACGUUCUCAUGUACAUGUACAAGAUAACCCAUAUCAUGCCAUGUCAAUGAGUGAAUUUUGUCUGAACUUUUUUUCUUUUUUUUUACGAAAAUUAA